AUGUCGGAAGCUUUAAAAAGAGUUUUUCAGCAGGCUAAAGAAAAAAAAAGACCCGUAUUCGUUACCUUUAUAACCUCUGGGUACCCUGACCCCGAAGAGACUGUUGACAUUCUUCUUGGUCUUGAAGAAGGCGGGGCUGACAUAAUUGAAUUCGGUAUACCUUUUACGGAUCCAUUAGCAGACGGACCAGUAAUUCAAGAAGCCAACAAUGAGGCACUUAAGCAUAAUAUUGAUAUAGAUCAAAGUUUAUCCUUUAUCUCUGAAGCUCGUGCUCGUGGUCUUAAAGCACCGGUGCUUUUUAUGGGCUAUUAUAAUCCAAUGUUAAUGUAUGGAGAAGAAAAGCUCAUAGAAAAUUGCAAGAAAAAUGGAGUCAAUGGUUUCAUUGUAGUCGAUUUACCACCGGAAGAAUCUAAGUAUUUGCGCGACCUUUGCACUCAAAAUGGUCUAAGCUAUGUGCCUCUUAUUGCCCCUUCUACCACAGAGAUACGCAUUCAACAGCUCUCAAAAAUUUCUGACUCUUUCAUUUACGUCGUAUCAAGAUUGGGAACAACCGGCUUUCGCGCCGAAGUUGAUAAAGAGUUACCUGACUUGAUUGCCAGGAUCCGCAAAUACACAGAUAUUCCUCUUGCAGUUGGUUUUGGUGUUUCCACUAGAGAACAUUUUAAAAUAAUCGCGUCGCAUGCAGAAGGUGUGGUCAUUGGUAGUAAAAUCGUUCAUGUCUUAAAGACGGCUGAAAAGGGAAAACGUGCCGAAAAAGUAAAGGAAUAUGCUUCGGAAGUCUGUGGCUUAUCUUCUGGACUUAGAGAUGAGGUCGACAAUACGUAUGCAAAAGUGGAUCAAAAUAUUCGAAACAAUUGUGUAAACAUCGACAAAAUGGCAUCCAAUAAAAGUGUACCAUACAUCAUUUCCCCACGAUUUGGUGAAUUUGGAGGUCAAUACGUGCCAGAAGCUUUGUUUGAUUGCAUAAUGGAACUUGAAAAAGCAUUCGUAAAAGCCAAAGAAGAUCCUGAUUUUUGGAAAGAAUAUCAAUCUUACUACGACUAUAUGGGUAGAGAGUCAAAACUCCAGUAUGCUGAUAGGUUAACAGCUGAUGUUCGUAAGUUAACCGAUGAUACUCGUGGUGCAAGGAUUUGGCUAAAAAGAGAAGACCUAAAUCACACAGGUUCACAUAAGAUAAAUAAUGCUAUUGGACAAGUUCUUCUUGCUAAACGUAUUGGGAAAAAGAGAAUUAUUGCAGAAACAGGAGCUGGUCAGCAUGGCGUAGCGACAGCAACUGUCUGCGCUAAGUUUGGAUUAGAAUGUGUUAUAUUUAUGGGUAGCGAUGAUGUUAAAAGGCAAGCACUAAAUGUGUUCAGAAUGAGAUUAUUAGGAGCAACUGUUAAAUCCGUGGAUUCUGGCAGUAGAACAUUAAAGGAUGCUAUUAAUGAGGCUAUGCGUGAUUGGGUAACUAAUGUUCGAAAUACACAUUAUGUCGUUGGAUCCGCAAUAGGACCACAUCCGUUUCCAGUUAUUGUUCGCGAAUUCCAAUCGGUAAUUGGCAAAGAGGCUCGAGAGCAAAUGUUAAAGCAAGCCGGUAAAUUACCUGAUUUGGUCAUUGCUUGUGUCGGUGGUGGCAGUAAUGCUAUUGGAACAUUUGCUCCAUUUCUUGAUGAUAAGGACGUCAAGAUGGUUGGGGUUGAAGCUGGUGGUAAAG